GUCACUUGGAUACAGCCGUGCCUGAAACUUGAAACACACCACCGAUAAAUUCCCAUAGUGCUUCAGCAAAUUUGAGUCUGUUUCCCGGGCUUUCUAGCAAAGUAACUUGAAUAAUACAACAACACAGAGCAAGCCUCAAACUAGUCUGCGUCUCAGUGGAACAUCCCAUAGUGAAAGUAGUUGUCAAGAAAAAGGAAUACAGUAGACUGUUUAGUCCCAGGCCUUGAAAGUUUGUUGUUCUCUCCGUCUGGACUCGAGGCUUCUGUUGCAACCAUGGUUUGCCAGAUCAUCAUUCAGGCCAAGGGGCAUCCUAGCUUGAGCCCCAUCUUCAUAUUUAUUGGAGUGGGAGGUACUGGAGCAGCACUGUAUGUCUUGCACCUGGCAUUGUUCAAUCCAGAUGUCAGUUGGAACAGAAAGAAUAACCCAGAACCCUGGAACAAACGGGGUCCCAUUGAUCAGUACAAGUUCUACUCAGUGAAUGUAGAUUACAGCCAACUGAAGAAAGGAGGUCCAGACUUCUAAAUGAAAUGUUUCACUAUAAAACUGCUUAGAAUGAAGUUCUUCCAGAGGCCACCUGCACAAUUUUCCACUUAACCAGGAAAUAUUUCCCCUCUAAAUGCACGAAAUCAUGUUGGU